CGACUAGAUAGUGUCAUGUUUCUGGGGCCAGUGUGCCCACGCAGCGCGUGGGAGGCCGACCGGAGAGCCCUGACUGAGCUCCCCUCCCUCCGCGCUCCUGCGCUGCAGGGCGCAGGGCCCCGAGCUCGCGCGACAGCCGCGUUGCGGGAAGACCCCGGCACGCCAGGCUGCCCUGCCCACAGCCCCCUGCACGACAGAAGGCGCGGGCCGGUGGUGGGCAACAAGCAGCAGCACCUCCCCCGCGGCCCGGCCGGGGGAGAUCGCCAGAUUGAAGCUUCACAAUGCCCAGAUGUUGUUGUGGCACAGAUAGACCCCAAAAAGCUGAGAAAGAAGCAGACCGUGAAUAUUUCACUCUCAGGAUGCCAACCUGCCCCUGAAGGAUAUUCUCCAACUCUCAAAUGGCAGCAGCAACAAGUGGUCCACUUUUCAGCUGUUCGUCAGAGUCUGAACAAGCACAGAAAUCACUGGAAGUCACAGAAUUUGGACAGCAAUGUUACAAUGCCAAAAUCAGAAGAUGAAGAAGGCUGGAAAAAGUUUUGUCUGGGUGAAAAAGCAUAUUCAGAAACAGUUACAGUAGCUGAUAAUGAAAAUCUAGGAAUUGAUUAUAUACAGAUGGGCUUUCCUCCUUUGCUAAGUAUUGUUAGCCGAAUGAAUCAAGCAACUGUAACUAGUGUCCUGGAAUAUCUGAUUAACUGGUUUGGGGAGAAAGAGUUUACUCCAGAGCUGGGUAGAUGGCUUUAUGCUCUGCUGGCAUGUCUUGAAAAACCUUUAUUGCCUGAAGCCCACUCUCUAAUUCGCCAACUGGCAAGGCGAUGCUCUGAAGUUAGAGUACUAGAGGAGAACAAGAGUGAAGAAAGAGUGUCUGCUCUAAAUUUGCUAAUCUGUUUGGUUAGCAGGUAUUUUGAUCAGCAUGACCUAGCUGAUAAACCAUCCUAAUCUGUGCUUGGCCUCCAAGCAUCUUGCAUCAUCUGACUACCUAUGGCACUAUCAGGAGUAACAGUCAGUUGCAGUGCAGAUAUGAAGUACCAUAAAACCUCUCCAAUACAAUCUCUUGAUAAUGGAUUUGGAACAGUUGUCAGUAGUAAAAUUUAAACUGAUUUGGCUUAUUACACGAAUUACUUCUGAUGUGAAGAGUCACCACUGAAAUGCCUACCCACUUCACACAAACCUCUGUCCAGCAGAAAGCCAUAAACCAACUGAACUGUAGGUAUGCAAGAACAGUUGAUCCUUUAAACUUCUGGAAUACAAGUUUACUUGUUUCAGUGGAAUUACCAUAUGAAUAAAGACUUCUAGGACUGAUUCAAGCUUCAUAGUUUUAAAAUGCAACAGACUUAAAGCAAUACAGCACUUCCAUGAACACACCAACAGAAAGGUUGGGGGGGGCGGGUUGUGAAAGGGUUUUUGUGUGAAAUUUUACAAUAAAAUUUUCAAAACUA